GCUACAGUCGUCAUUACCGCUGCCACAGUUCUCUUAUCGAUAAACCCCCUUCCGGUCCCUUUCGUUCAGGGAAGCCCCGACCUAGAGGCAGGUGACUUCAUUCUUCGAAUUCGAACUUGCUAUCAUCUUCACUUUACCCAGACUACUAUCUCAGAACUCGACCUCCCGUUACCAGCGAUUCACCUGAGAUGCCUAGCUCAUCGCUACGUUUGGGUGUUUUGGUGGUAGCCUCUCCAGUCUAAUUGCCCCAUGUGCUACUAUCUACUCUCUGCCUUACAUUUCGAUCCAAUAUAGUUGACAGCAUCUUAACGUCGACUCAUAAUGGCUCCCACACUACGCACCCCUCCAUGUCAUCCCUCAUCCAGACGGUCUCGACGGCCGAUUCGAUCUAGUCGCGCCCGAAUCCAGUCCUACCUCGAAGCUAGCAGUUCCGACGGCCGGUUUGAUGAAGAUACUGAAUCCGACCUUGAACGAGCUGAACGAUUGUCGCUAACUCUGCGUCCUCGGGAUUCUAAUCGGAUCCCUGCCUCCUAUCGUGAGGAAACUACCGACGAUGAGAUCGAAGAUUUCAGGGAUGAAGACACAGAUGCAGUCACUCCCCGUCAAACACCCGAGCAUUCAUCUCUCGCAUUUCCUGAGGGCAGCAGCAGUGCCAACCCGUCCAGGUCUACUCGCGCACGAACCAUGAAAACGAGAUCUCAAUCAACAAAGGCGAAGCGGUCUAUGAAUGGGAAACGAAUGGAGAUUGGACGACCGCUCAAUAAGCGUCGAAAGCUCGAAGUGGAUGCUACUCCAUUUGUUGGUUCGGGCGUUAUACCACCGUGGCAGACGCUUCCCUAUUACAUACUCUUCGAUAUAUUCGUCCGCGCAUCAAAUCCCCUCAUUGAUGAAAGGACUACCAGCAGGAAAAGUUCUGUGCAGUGGCUUGUCAAAGUCGCUUUACUGUGCCGCUCCUUUCAUGAGCCUGCCUUGGCUGCUCUUUACAAUUGCCCUCCAUUGAUACCGGCUGCCAAGUCUCAUGGUUUGCUACACUUACUAGCUAAACCUCAGGGAUCGCUUUCUACAAAUUACAUCAAUAAAAUCAAACAGUUGCACGUGGAUGUGGAAGCACUUCUUUUCUACAAGAGUGGAUCGACUCUGGGCUAUUUCGAGUUGCCUAAGUUGCUAGAGAAGACUCCGCAAGUGAAAACGCUACGGCUCUACCACAGUCACGAUUACGUUGUCGGCCUUCCCCCGUGGCUUAUACAACGCUCAAAGUGGACGUAUCCGGACAGCCUUUUUGACACCAUAUUGUCAGGCCCUAUCCGCCUACGUAGCUGGGACUGGAAUGGCCGUUUUAUGGAGACUCAAAAGCUUCUCGAGCUGAUGUCAGGAAUGCAUAUCCAGCCCGCAUUCCAUAAAAUGCAGGAUCUGAGAUUGUUACACAUUAUGUCCGAUGAUCCCUACAACAGACAAGUGCCAGAGGGCUCUACAGAUAGAGAGAUACUUCUGGCUGCGGCCCUUGCUGACCUUCCCGACUUGCGUCGCUUAGAGUUCAUAGAAUGCUCAGUCGUCAAUGAUCACCUCUUGCCCAAUCUUCCCGCAAAUCUUACAUCUCUCACAAUCAAUAAUUGUGACGAGGUGACGACUACCAAUUUCAGCGCAUUCAUUUCUACGCAUGGCCACCACCUUCGGGAGUUGAUUCUGAGUCACAACCGUCACCUAAGCAUGUCUUUCGUUGUCAACCUGGCCGAGUCCUGCGAGCAUUUGGAGGUCUUCAAGAUGGAUAUAUCCAUGCACGAUUGGUCUAGUUAUCACGACGUCGAGCCACACUUCCGGGAACUGCUUUCAUUGACCGAGACCCCAACUUGGCCAUCAACGCUGCGGGAAAUUGAGCUUGUCCAAUUGCGCAACUGGGAUGACAAAACCGCAGAGGUGUUUUUCAGCUCACUUCUCAAUGCCGCUUCUAGUUUACAGAAUCUGAGGCGAUUGUUAAUAAGCGCAAUCUUGAAGAUAGGGUGGCGAGAUCGCGCAACAUUUCGCGAAAAAUGGAAAGGCAGGCUGCAAAGAGUCUUUCAGCGACGAAGCCUUCCGCCCGAUCCAACACUUCGGUCUAUCCCUCGCCCUUCUCUACUACCUGUUUCCUCUCAAAUUCCAGAGAGCGGGAAUGUGUACGGUACCAACAACAACUCAGAUACUCAGCACAGUGGCAUUCUGACGCCCUCCAAACGUAAAAGUGCGCGCAUUGCCCAGAAACGAUUUUCGGAGGAUGAAGAGAUCGUCAAAGAGAAGAUACGAAGGUCUCAUGAAGAUAACGACGAAGAGCCGCUUUUCACACAAGGCUUGUGCGAUGUGGUCAUGAUUCGGAUAGACAAUCAACGUCCGACAGAGACGCAGUUCAAUGAGGAAGAUUUUCUUGAUGACGAAUUGAGUGGAGACGAAGAUUGGAAUGGUAACGAUAUUGAUGUUGACGAUGCCAGACAUGCAUGGUAGCUGAAUUCCAGUUCAACAAGGUUUGUUGGUCGGAGUACUACCCCCCCCCCCUGGCUUACAUUUCCUGCUUUCUCGCAUGUUUGGUCCAUAAAGUGCUCAAGCUCUUUCUUUGUUUGUGUGCCGGUCUACGAUUCAUCCUAUCAUUCAAGUGUGUUACAACGCCCACGUACCCGCAAAUUCAUAUUUGCAUGGUCAUGAGUUCUCUCUUUAGAGGUUAUAUUAUACAAUUUUGGCGGGCUGGGUGGAUUUCGGGGCGUCUGGCUUCAUUAUUCGGAAUUUUCCCUUCGGAGCGGCGACUGACGGUUAUCAAGUUCGACAAAAUAUUGCUUGUGCUUCUAGUACUUAACAAGUAGCUUCCUAGGUCCUACUGGCAUUCCUAAGGGAAUCAAGCUUUCUACUGAGAAUGCUCACGCAAGGAUCACUAAUAUGAUUUGUAAC